AUGAUGAAACCAUCAUCAUCAUCAUCGAAGACGUUCAGAGUCGCUUUUAGCGCAUCAUCCCUCGCCGCCGCCGCUGGUGGUGGUGCUGCCGGAGCGAAUUCAAACGGUGGUGGUGGUGGUAGUAAUGGUGGUGGUUUUUUCCGGCAGAUGAAAGAAAUGUACGACGCGUACGCGAACCAAUCGAAACAACUCGAGGAGAUUCGUCGAGCGACGAACGUGUUGGAAAAACGGAGAGACGAGUUUGCUCGUUUGAAAGUGGAAAACGAGAAAAAGAGGGAACAAUCGGUGGAGCUUUUGAAAGAAACCGUGGAGGGUUUACGGGUGCAAUUCGAAACCUUGGAGAAGGAGAAAAGAGAGGUUGGGAAGGUGGUGGAUGCGAUCGGGAAAGGCGCGGAGAAGAAAUUGAGAGAGAAAUUGGAGAAAGAGGAGCAUGCAUUGGAGCAACGCGUGGAUGAGAUGUUAGAGAAAGAAGGGUUGUUUUUCGGAGGAGGAGAAGAGGAGGAGAAAAAGAAGAAACCUCCUCCUCGGUAG